AUGGAAGCCGAAAGUCUGGAAGCUGGUGGAAAAAAACACUUAGACAAUGUUUUAUCAGAAGAUGAAGUUGCUAAUUUGCCAAGCAAUGUUGCAGAUAAAAUUAAUGCUUAUAUUGACACCAAAUUUGGAGAAUACCUAACCUCCAAGGCUCUUCUAGAAAGCAGUAAAACACAAAUAGGUGAUAAAAUAGCAUCAUCAGAAGCUACAAUACUAGAAUUGACAACAAAAUAUGAAGAAACAGCUAAAAAGUUACUUGUUGCUGAUGAAACAGUUGCAGAACUUGAAAAGCAAGUAGGAACAUUAAGUGCAGAAUUGAGUAAAGCAAAUGAUAAAAUUGUUCGAUUGGAAAAUGAAAUUAUUUCUCUUAAAAGUGCAAGAGAUGCUGCUGUUGAUGAAAGGAAUGACCUGACUCGUAUUUUAGAACGUCGUAAUGCCGAAAUAGAGAGGUUAAUUGCAAAUGAAGCAUCUCUGUCACAGCAACUCCGCGCCGCUAUUGAUUCAAAGUGUGAAGCCUUAGCUUUAAAUGAUGAAAUUCAAAGCAGAGAGUUAUCCCUGCAAUACCGAGAGAAACGUAUAGAACAAGAAAGAACAUUGUUGAACUCGCAGAUAUCUAGUUUGACUGAUGAAGUUAACAGACUUACUUCUGAAUUACAGACACAAAGAUUAAACAGCACAAGUCGAUUAAUAAAUGUAGAAACACAACUCUCUGAAAAAUUGGAAGAACUUAAUGCUGCAAAUGAAACAAUUGCACAGUUAAAUGAAACUAAAAAAAACCUUAAUAAUCGUGCUGAAAAUCUCACACAAAGAUUGAUGGAACAGAGAGAAAUAGAAAAUAAAAUGUCCGAAAAUUAUAAAAAAGAACUUGAUGCUAAAACCAAACUUGCUGAUCUAUUUAAGACUAUGCAUGAUGAUGCUGAGGCGAAAACAAUGGAGCUAACUGAUGGAAUAACUGAACUACAGAAACUCUUAAACGAAGCUACUGAGAAAUAUGGUGAAUUAGAGACGAAGUAUAAACAAGCAGAAUUAGAUCAUGAAGAGUUAAUGGAAAAAAAGAAUGAGGUAAUAACAUCUUUGAAAAAUGAAUUAGAACACGCUAAUGAUUUGCUUAAAGCAGCAGCAUCACAAAAUAUAGAUAUGGCACUUAGUGAUCUAGCACCAUCAGCAGCAACAGCAAGUAAGUUACUAAAAUCUGGAAUGUCACUGACCCAAAUCUACUCGCAGUUGGUUAAAGUAACUGAAGAAUUAAGUCAAGAAAAAGAAGAAAAUAGACGACUCAACAUAACAAUUAAUACUAUUGUACAAGAAUUAGAAGAAAAAGCACCUCUCUUACAAAAACAAAAGGCUGAUUAUGAAGAAACUCUAGAAAGCAAUGCAGCGUUAACACAACAAAUUGAUUCCUUGGUAAUAGAAUGUAAUAGACUUAGAGAUGACUAUAGUGAGUCUUCUAAAAUUGCCAAUCAUUAUAGUAGAGAAAAUGCUAAAUUGAAAGGAGAAUUAGCUGACCUAGGAAGACAGGUUUGCUUUUUACUGAAAGAAAUAGAACUUAGCCGAGGUGGUUUGUUGAAUGGUGACCAUGAUGAAUCUCUUAACACGUCUAGUACAUCAGAUCAUAAUUCGUCACGUAUUAUAUCGAAAACACUUGUAACCUUCAGUGAUAUUCAAGAACUACAGUCUAAUAACCAAAAGCUUCUAAGAAUGGUUCGUGAAUUGACUGAUAAACAAGAGGAACUUGAGAGACACAAAGAACAAUUUGAAAGCGGGGAAAUGCAGAAUAAAAUCGAGUCCUUAAAACAUCGCCUAUCAGAACUAACUGAAGCACAAGAAAGGCAAACUAAAAUGGUAAAUGGUCUAAUCAGGCAGCGUGAUAUGUUUAAAAAGUUAUAUCAUGACCACAUGAAAGGAAAAAGACAUGAAAUGUCAUCUAUGUUAGACACUUCUGACUUAGAAAAAGGUGACUCAAGUGAAAUGGAAACACUACCAGAUAAAUCUUCCAAAACUUUAGCAUCUGAUGUAUCAGCUUAUGAAAUUAAAUAUAAGGAAGCUGAAAAACAACUUGAACUUUUAAGGGAAGAAUAUAAAACUUACAAAGAAGAAAAAGUAACAAAUGAGAGAAUGUUGUUUGAACAAAUUGAUAAUAUGAGACAAGAAAUUGCUAAAUUAACAGCGGCUAAUAGCAAAUGCGCAUCAACCUCAGAGUAUAAUAAUGAAAGACUUAAAAUAUUACAAACAAAUAUCACCACUUACAAAAAACAAAUAAGUUCUUUGGAAGAAAAGAAUAAAGCAUAUAAUACAACUAUAGCUAAGCACGAAGUUUCUUUGCAACACUUAAGGGAUGAAGCAUUAAAUGCGCAAAGCAAAUUAGCUGCAGCUGAGAUUCAAUUAGAGAAUUUAAAAUUGGAAUGUAAACUACUUAAAGAUGCUGAACAACGCGUACAAAUUGAAAAGGAGAUGAUAAAUCGCGAAAGACAAGGACAGUCUUUAUUAUUGAAAAACUUGGAACUUAUUAAAGCUAGUUUAGAACGCGUAGAAGCCGAAAACCGUACGAAAUUAGAAUCAAGAUUAGACGAAGCAACACGAGAAUGUUCUGCUUUAAGAAGGAGACUUCAAGAGGAACAAGAUCGAUUUAGGGAGCUAGCUGCACAUCUAGAGCGUCAAACAGAAACUGCAAAGCAAAGAAUGCAAGAAGAAAAAGAUGCAGCAGACGUAAUGAGAAAGGAAAUAACUCAGCUUAGAAGUGAUUUAACUGAAAAAAAUAAAGCAAAUGAAGAACUCGCGAAAAAACUUAAAGCUGCUUUAGCGCCCAACACUGAUGGUUCUCUUGACGCAAUCAAGAAAAUAAAGGAAUUAGAAAAUAAACUAACUGACAGGGAGGGUGAAGUCAAAUCUCUUACAGAACAAUUAAAUAUAGCCAAAGAGCACAUAAAACAAUAUUGUGAUAUUUCGGAAGGGGCAGAAAAAGAAAUGAAAACUUUAAACAAAGAAUAUGAGACUUAUAAAAAUGAAACUGAAGCGAAACUUGCAGAUUAUACCAAAAAACUACAAUACAUGGAAGAUAAAUGUGCAGCGCUGGAAGCAGAAUUAUCACUUCAAAAUAAUGGUGAAUACUCUAAUAUCAAUACUAAUUUGAAAAAUGAACUAGCUAGUUGUAAAGAAGAAUUGAAUACGGCGUUAUCUAAUUUAGAGACUUGUCGCACGGAUCUGGAAAGUGCACGAUCUGAGGUCACUGAAUUAUCUGAAGCAGUUCAGAAAGCUGAAGAUAAAUAUACCCAUGAAAUGAUAUUACAUUCAACCGACAUUCAGACUCUUUCCCGCGUUAAGGAGGAGUUAUCUAAAGUUCAAAACCAAUUAAAUGAAUUGGUAGCAUUAAAGAAUAACACAAUUGAUAAGUUAGAAGCUGAAAAAGCAUCAUGGGUUGAAAGACAAAAAACCCUCUCAAGUGAAAAUGAAGAUCUUCUACAAAGAUUGAAAGAUCUAAAUGAUCAAAAUUCAGUUUUACAUGACCAAAUUCAAGCUUUAGGUACACAGCUUUCAGUUUCACACGCAUCAAGAUCCCAGUCCGAUAGUCUUAGUGAAUCUGCUAAUGAUUCAAAUAUAAAUAUAUCUAUAAGUGAAGAUGACGGUAAAUCUUCCGAACAGCUUUUCCAAAUAUUGAAGUUUUUGAGAAAAGAAAAAGACAUAGCAAUUGCGAAAUUUGAUAUUUUACAAGCGGAAACUAUGAGACUAAGAUCACAGCUAGAAAUUGCUGAGAAACAACUCGAUGAAGCUAAAUUGGCCCUUGCAGCCGAAAGAGAAAGAUCUGAGGUUAGCAUUGUGACAAUUAAUAAACAGUCGGAUAUAUUAAGAAAAGUAGAGACGCUCAACGCGUUAACGGAUAGUAACAGAAUUUUAAGAGAAGAAAGAGAUAGUUUAUCUGCCCGUGUAGAGGAGCUAACGGCAUCUGUGAAAUCGUUAGAAGAGCAGCUAAAUCCUUUACAAGAAAAGAUUGCGGAUUUAACUUCUAAAAAUGAAACCCUACAAUCUGAAAACACGUCUUUAAAAUCUGACUGUGCUAGAUGGAGAACUAGAGUAAAUGCUUUGGUUGAGCGCGCAAAUAAAACAAGUCCUGAGGAUUGGAAACGUCUGCAAAAUGAGCGGGAAACCCUUGCUAAAAUGUUGACUAAUGAAAAAGAAGCACUUAAGAAGGUAAAUGAAGAAUUGAGUGCCAUUAAAGUAGAAAAAUCGAAGUUAGAAGAACAGUAUACAGUAUUGUCUCGACAACAAAAUGCUCUAGUGGAGGAUAAUAAGAAACUAAAUGAGGAGUUACAGACUCUUAAGGAUGAUAUGUCACGGUUAACAGAAGAAUUAACUAAAUUAAGAGCAGAAAAUGGUUCUCUUUUAGAAACAAAUGCAAAAUUAACCGAAGAAUUAAGUAGUAAAGAUGCCUCAUUAAGUGAUAUAAGAAAUAAAGAAAUGCAAAUACGAAAAAUAGCAAAGAAAUACAAAGGUCAGUAUGAGGAACUUGUGAAAACAGUUGAUGAAGACAAAAAGAAAAGUGAAGGCGAAGCGGCUGUUGCGGGAGCAGCAUUGGCUGAAAGUUCUAAGAAACUGGAAGAUCAACUUAGUGAACUUCAAAAUCUAUUGGAAUCAGAAAAGACAAAUAACGAGAAACUAAAACAAGAACUAGAGUCAUUAAGAUCAGCGAAUUUGGAUAAAGAAGAAAAAGCAAAACAAGUUUUAAAACAAGCAAAGAGUAAAAUUGUUCAAUUGACCGAAAUGAAAAAUACAUUGAGUCGAGAAUUAGAUGAAUCACGUAAUAAAAUUGGAGCUAUUGAGCAGAGCACGCGGGAUGAGCAAGAUGUGAGAUUAGCUUUGAUAAAAUCUCAAUAUGAAGGUCGACUAUCCCGACUGGAGAAAGAACGUGGCGAGGCACAGGCGGAAAAGACAAGGGAAGUAGAGGCUCUUCUUCAGAAAGUGAAUAUGCUUCAGCGGCAAUUAGCUAAUCAAACGUCGGUGGGUAAGCAGCAGAGCACUGCGGAAAAGACAACCACUGAUCCACCUACGGCUAAUAUAAAACCUAUGGCUGGUGUAUCACAACAAAGUGUGACAGCGAGUCGACGCGGUGGCGAGACUCCAUUGGCAUCGAUCCGACCAAUGGCGCAGGUUGGCCCUACUGCCCCUCACGACGCGCACACAACUGAAUAUAUGCCAGCGUCUUCUUCUCGUCCUUUACCACGUGCUGCACUUGCCGCGUCAGCAGCUUCAGCUACCGCUGCUGCUACAUCAGCUACUACAGCAUCUGCUGCUACAUCAGCUUCUUCAGCAUCUUCCGCUCCCCCUGAGUCGACGCAAGACAUGGAUACGAGUGAAGCUGGUAUGGGCACCUCUGGAUCUAGUGAUAACACUGCACAAUCUUCUUCACAUUCCCAACCGCCACAACAGGGGGUCGCUCUAGUGAUGCCUCGCAUCGAGCAGCCGAGUGGCGCGAGCUCGGGCUGUGCGGGGGCCGCGGUGGCACCGUCGGCCGCCAGCUCGGCUGCCGCGCCCAGCGUCACCAGCGUGGUCGCCGUCGCCGCACCGGCUACGCCCGCUACGCCACAGUCGGGUGCAACAAGCGCAACACCAACUUCGGCGGUCGGCAACCAAGCGUCAAGCGGCGUGAGCACGUCGCACACUACACCGGGCGUCAGCACAACCCACGCGACGCCGGGAGUUAGCACUUCUCAUGUUGCGCCGGGUGUCAGUACGUCGCAAGCGGUCCCCGGCGUCAGCACUUCGAACGCCCCUCCCGGCGUCAGCACGUCCAACGCGCCGCCCGACGCACGACCGCAGAAGCGACGCCUGCAAGCGAGGCCCGUCGCUGCAAAGAGGACGCGUGUACAGGGUUUUGAAAGAUCUGUAGAAGUAGAGUACCAAGUGCCAACGUCAUCGCGUUGUGAUCAAGAUGACGAAGGAGUCAUUGUAGUGGACUCAGAGGAAGAUGACGAGCGAUGCUCUGGCACCAUGUACAGGGAAGGUGAGGAAGAUGAUGAAGAUAUGGAAGAAGAACAAGAAGUUGAGGGUGGUGAAGAAGAAGAAGAAAUAGAGGGGGAUGAUGGAGAAAAUGCUGCCCGACAGGAUACGCCUGCGCAGUCCCCGGAGGCGGGCUCGGCAGGCUCGGCAGGUUCUGCGGGGGAGGCGAUGGAGGCGGGCGAAGCGGGGGAGGCGGGCGAGGCGGGGGGAGGAGGACGAGGCGGGCCCGGGCGCUGCGCCCGCGCCGGAACCCGACAGCGAGCCCGCGCCGCAGCACCAGCAGAUCGAGGCCAUUAG